AUGACUCCUGGCGAGCAGAAUCCCAGCACUGGAUCGGCUGCCGAGACGUACGGGCCACCGAGAAAUUUGGAUUUUUCUCAUGAUUCUCGGGAAGAUCGUCGUUACGGCAAUAAUCACAUGAAUGACGGCGACAAUCAAUGUGGCGACGUCAACGGCAGAGACGACGCUGGAAACGGCACAGCAUCGGAUUCUGAUGCCAUCUUCAGACUGCCAAAUCGAACACGUGUCUCAUUUCGCAUCAACGCCUACGUAAGUUUUAUGAUUAUUGUUUUUCAUACAUUUGAAGCCUUUACGGUUCGUUCUCUUCGGAGGUUGAUGCAAGAUAAUCUUCGUGAAGAGUAA